GGUCAGUGGGCCAAAGAAGGGCACACUCAAGAGUUGGCAACACGGCUACACAGCAACGCAGCAACACAUUCCAUGUGCUCAAAUCAACCAACUGACACAUCUGUGCUAGAGACAACGCUUGGUUGACACACAGACAGCCUCAAUGGCGACACAGGCAGCCGCGAUGUAAACAGAGACACCGCAGAUGAAAACACAGGUGGAGUGAACUGCUACAUACAUGCAGCAUAUUCCAGGUAAAUAUUAAAUAGAAUUUAAGCGACAUAAGAAAAGGCAUACACAAAGAUAUGUCUAAAAGGGAAGAAAUCGAUUAUUGAAAUCAUUUGUUAUUAAUUUGUUGUAAUUGUGGUUUAAAAUGUCCUGUAUAUAUUAGCUUGUCCCAUUUCUUAUAAUAUAGGCCAGACUUUUCAAACCAGGGGUGCUCGAACCCCCCCCCCCCCCCCGCCCCCCCCCGGGCCAACCUUGGGUGCUCACACUGCCAUGGGAUUGGGACAUAAACUGAUUUUAUUUACAGUAAGAUAUGAUAAUAUAAAUAUGUAUUUAUUUAUUUUUUUUUUUAACGCUAAUAAGUUCCGCGCUUAUUUUAUAAGUUCUACAUUUCUAACUAUCCUUUAAAGAUGAAGGCAGUGUUACUUUUGAUGUUGGUGUCAGACAAAUAAUUCGUAGAGGUGGGGGACAUAGGAAAGGGGGGAAACCCUGAUGUGGACUUUCCCCAAAUCUGCGUGUCUGCUUGAAUGCAGUGACACAGGACUUACUCUCCAGGACAGUGACGUCACUGGAUGUCUUUAUGUCUUGGCGCACUCCCGUCUUUAGUGACGUCACUGGUGUGUCAAGUUGGUGGAAAGAAAUAAGAAAUUCCACCACACCAAGCUAUCAAGGUCAAGUGCUUUGUCAAGGUCAAGUUCUUCUCUCCCCCCUUUCCCCACUUUCCCUUUAAGAUCGUCUUGGCAACGUUGGAUGUAGUAGAAGCCCUGAUGUCUAGACUACCCCCCUCCCCCGGCCGCUGUCCAUCCCUUCUCGACACAUGAUUUAUCCAUGGAUAUAAAUAUAAAAUAUCGGUUCUCACCCCUCACUGUCCCAGCCCUCUUACCAUUCACCUUACAACUCCCUCGCCUACCCUCUUCUGCCUCAUCCACCACAACUUCCUCUCCUAGAAUUCACAUACCCUCUUCUGCCAACUUCCUCUCCUAGAAUGCACCUACCCUCUUCUGCCAACUUCCUCUCCUAGAAUUCACCUACCCUCUUCUGCCAACUUCCUCUCCUAGAAUUCACCUACCCUCUUCUGCCUCAUGUCAAGUAUGGGAGUCCAAUAAUAACUGUUGCGACUAAAUAUCACGCUUGACUCUGUGACGUAUUUUCAUGCUUAUUUUGACGUAUUGUCUAGACUGUAUUAUGACGUACGUUUUAUUCGUCUGGCAGUCGUCAAUGGGACUUUGUGAAAGUAGGAUGGGUAUUAUUUCUGCCUGAUAGCGAACUGCGCCACAUUCAUGCGUGUAUGGAGUUUACGUCCUGUGUUAAUAAUAAGAUAUGAAAGUUACAUUUAUUGUGAUAAAAGACUUGGGUUUAUUCAAUAUUAGCACGACGUUAUUCAAGGAACUUAACGAAUUAACCAAUCCAGUAGAACAAGGACUUGGCACAUUACCAAUCCUAACUUCCUCUCCUAGAGUUCACCUACCCUCUUCUGCCUUACCAAUCCUAACUUCCUCUCCUAGAGGUCACCUACCCUCUUCUGCCUUACCAAUCCUAACUUCCUCUCCUAGAGAUCACCUACCCUCUUCUGCCUUACCAAUCCCAACUUCCUCUCCUAGAAUUCACCUACCCUCUUCUGCCUUACCAAUCCCAACUUCCUCUCCUAGAGUUCACCUACCCUCUUCUGCCUUACCAAUCCUAACUUCCUCUCCUAGAGGUCACCUACCCUCUUCUGCCUUACCAAUCCUAACUUCCUCUCCUAGAGAUCACCUACCCUCUUCUGCCUUACCAAUCCCAACUUCCUCUCCUAGAAUUCACCUACCCUCUUCUGCCUUACCAAUCCCAACUUCCUCUCCUAGAGUUCACCUACCCUCUUCUACCUUACUAAUCCCAACUUCCUCUCCUAGAGUUCACCUACCCUCUUCUGCCUUACUAAUCCCAACCUCCUCUCCUAGAAUUCACCUACCAUCUUCUGCCUUACCAAUCCUAACUUCCUCUCCUAGAGUUCACCUACCCUCUUCUGCCUUACCAAUCCCAACUUCCUCUCCUGGAGUUCACCUACCCUCUUCUGCCUUACCAAUCCCAACUUCCUCUCCUAGAGUUCACCUACCCUCUUCUACCUUACUAAUCCCAACUUCCUCUCCUAGAGUUCACCUACCCUCUUCUGCCUUACUAAUCCCAACCUCCUCUCCUAGAAUUCACCUACCCUCUUCUGCCUUACCAAUCCUAACUUCCUCUCCUGGAGUUCACCUACCCUCUUCUGCCUUACCAAUCCUAGCUUCCUCUCCUAGAGAUCACCUACCCUCUUCUGCCUUACCAAUCCCAACUUCCUCUCCUAGAGAUCACCUACCCUUACCUUUUAACAAUCAAAUCAAUCGGCACAGCGUCGAGAGAUAUAGAUUAGAAUAGAUAUAAGCACUUUAGUUAUAAUGUUCCAUGUGUCCAUGUCAGUCUUUAUUCCAGCCCCGUCUCUUCACAGGCUGACAAGAUAUCAUGUAAAGAAGCCCAAAGCAAGAUGGCCGUGUCUGGCAGAGUUGCCCUAUGGCAACAGCACUGGGACUCGGGAUCAAUGGCACAGUUUUAUGUCAAGAAACCUCACCCGUAAGAUCAGGAAGGGUUUAGGGGCAGGGCGGGAAGACACUGAACACAUUCUUGCUCAUUUAAAGACAUUUUGACAAAUUUACAGUUAAUUUCAAGGGAAAAAAAACUUUAAGUAAUUAAACAAAAUGAAAAUUUUAGGCACUUUGACAAAAUAUCACUUUUAGGCAAUUGCGCAAAACAACAGCUUCAGGCAGUUAGAAAAAAAAAAUCACCUUUAGGCAUUUUGACAAAAUAUCAACUUUAGGAAUUUAGAAAAUUUAGACCAGUGGUUCUUAACCUGGGUUCGAUCGAACCCCAGGGGUUCGGUGAGUCAGUCUCAGGGGUUCGGCGGAGGUCCAAAAAAAUCAGGAAAAAAAAAAAAAUUUAUAUUUCCUAUAAAGAAGGGUUCGGUGAAUGCACAAACGAAACUGAUGGGGUUCGGUACCUCCAAAAAGGUUAAGAACCACUGCUUUAGACAAUUGAAAAAUAUCAACUUGAGGCUAUUAGACGAAAUAUCAACUUUGGGCAAUUAGACCAAACAUCGACUCUAAUCUAAUCUAUUCCUGUCCGUCCGAGUCAGCAAUAAUGUGAAUGCAUAAGCCUUGCUAGAAAGACUGACAUGUUGAUUCACUGACCUCCAUGUUGUUACAGCAAACUGCAAGAACAUUUAGACCAGUACAUACGAGGCAAGACGAAAGCGAAGAUUCUUUUACCGAUGUGUGGAAACUCGUUCGACAUUUACAAGUAAUGUUGGUGUCCUAUCUUAUCACUGGUCACCUCCAAAAUGACGUCAUUUACAACCUGUCAUUGGUCGUCUAAAAUGACGUCAUUUAAAACCUUUCAUUGGUCGUCUAAAAAUGACGUCAUUUACAACCUUUCAUUGGUCGUCUCUAAAUGACGUCAUUUACAGCCUUUCGAUUGACGUCUCUAAAUGACGUCAUUUACAUCUAACUAAUUUACGUUGUUUAAAUGACGUCAAUUCGACUCUUUUAUAUGUCGUCUCUAAAUGACGAUAUUAGAACCCUUUAUUGGUCGUUAAAUGACGUCAAUUUAAAAUUUUCAUUGGUCGUCUGAAUGACGUCAGUUUCACCCUUUAAAUUGUCUUUUAAAUAACGCCAUUAUAGUAGAAGAUGUUCCAACUUUGUUUGGUGUAUGAAAUUCAAUUUAAAAAAAGACGUAUUUGAAUUGUUUUAAUAAUCAAGUUUCUAUCAUCAAUGGUGUUGUGACGGAAUGAAAGGAUUCAUUAGAGCAGAGCCCCAAAGUUAUCCCUUCACGGCACACCAAGACCCUUCCAGAUUUCCGCGGCACAACACGAUUAAAACAUUAAGACGGCACACCAAGCAUCUGGUGUAGCAGCAAGCUUAAAUAUUUUAAAAACUAAAUAUAUCCUAGUAGUAAUUCACAUAUUGCCAGAUGUUGUUUUUUAAAGUUUUGACAUUAUGUCUUACAGCUUUGGUGAUAUGGGACAUGAAGUUGUAGGAAUUGAGUGUUCAGCUUUGGCCAUCAGAUCCUUCUACGGGAAACACAAUCUUUCUUUUACUAAAGAACCGUGCCCGGACGUACAAGGGACUUUAUAUCAAGUACGUCUGUCCUUACAAUUGACGACACAUUUCAUGGCACAAUUUAUGACACAAUUCAUGACACAAUUUAUGACACAUUUCAUGGCACAAUUUAUGACACAAUUCAUGACACAAUUUAUGACACAAUUCAUGACACAAUUUAUGACACAUUUCAUGACACAAUUUAUGACAUAUUUGAUGACACAAUUCACGACAAAAUUUAUGACACAAUAUAUGACACAAUAUAUGUCAAAUUCAUUACACAAUAAUUCAAUUAAUGUUGAAAAUAAGAACAUGUAUGACCUGAAACUUUUGACGUAUAUCUCUUAUAAUUAAUUAUUUUCUUUAGCUUAAUUACGACCCCCAUGAGCGCCAAUAUUUAGAAUGUUUCUCAUAUUAGGUCUACACAAUCUUAUAUUUUAAUAUUUACUUUUUUAUUUUCAUAAUAAUAUGUCUAAAUGAGAGUCGAUCAUUUAUUUGCUUGUUGUAAUCAUUAAUCCUUUUAUAAAGCUCUGCAUUAAUCAAAUCAAAGCAGUUAUCUUUAAAUGAAAUAACUUUUUUAAACAUAAAUUUUCAAGUUUGACUAAAGAAAUACUUUAUGAUAAAAUUAUUAUUCGCCUUCAGAGCAAGGAUAAGACCUACAAGAUCUAUUGCUGUGAUUUCUUUGACUUCAAGCCGUAAGAUUUAAACUAGUUUUAUAUUGAUUUCUGAAAGUGUGGGAGAGCAACUCUUUAGUAUGGCUGCGACUAUUCGUACCCGGAAGUGAGAGUUUGGGAUUAAAAAACUAUUUAAAAUAUUAUUGUUGGGUUGGUAAGACAGAAUAAGGUAUCAAAUGAAAGAUAAUUUAAUGGACUAUAUGUUUGUAAACUUACUUCUUCAGUUUAAUUAAAAUGUAACUCCCACAAAUGACCUCCGAAUGGGAUUUAGUCUAAAGCAGGGGUCUCAAGUCGCGGCCCGCGGGCCAUUUGCGGCCCGAAAGACGAUAUUUUGCGGUCCGCUACCUGACAGCAAAGUUUAGCAUUAAUGCGGCCCGCGCGUUCUCCACAUUCUCAUAUAUAUAAUGUGACCCUCUGCGACGAUUUCAGUCUAAUCUCCGUGAGAGACGGACUAUCGCUUUGUUGAGCACAGGAGCAUUCAGACGUGCCUUAUAAGCACCGAGGAAGUUGCGGUGCACAAGGAGUACAACAUCAGGCGUCAUUAUUUAACCAAACAUGCUGAGGAGUAUGCAAAAUACCAGGGAGAUGAGAGAGAGGCCCGGGUUGCUAAACUUAAAACAUGUCGACUGAGGCUGCAUGAUUUUUUGAAGACAGCAAACAAAGAAAAUGAUGCAGCAGUUGAAGCUAGGUACGUGGUGAGUGAGAUGAUUGCUAAGUCAGAAAAGUCAUUCAAUGAAGGCGAGUUCAUAAAAAAAUUGCAAGUUACAAGCUGCAAGUUUCGUCUGUCCGGAAAUAAGGGUCGGUUUAGCAACAUCAGCCUUUCUGCCAGCACAGUGGCAGAGCGCAUGUCUGAGCUGUCAGAUGACAUUUAUGAUCAACUGUGCGAGAAAGAUAAACAUUUCCAAGCACACUCAGUCGCUGUUGAUGAGAGCUUAGAUGCUACUGAUACUUCAAAGCUCACAAUAUAUGUCCGUGGUGUUGAUGCUAAUUUUGAAGUGAUAGAGGAGUUGCUCAAAAUGAUUCCAAUGCACGGCCAGACCACUGCUCAGGAGAUAUUCCGCCAGCUGUGUGACGUCACUUGGGAUGCCGGUUUACAGUGGGAAAGUUAUGCAGGAAAACAAUCGACAGAGCGUCAUCAAUGACAGGGAAAAUAACUGGACUCGUGGCACAUGUUCAAAGAAAUCUGGAAGAGGAGGGUGUGGAAGAGGCCAUUGCUACACUGCAUUAUCCAUCAGCAGACGCUUUGCAGCAAAUGCCUCAAGUUUGACAAUAUGAUGUCUGACUUUGUGAAAUGCAUCAACCAUAUUAGAUCCAGGGGCUUGAAGCACCGGCAGUUCCUUGCCUUUUAAGAGGAAAUAGAGUCAGCACAUGAGGAUGUUAUCUACUCACCGAGGUACGUUGGCUUAGUAAGGGAAACGUCUUGAAAAAGUUUUUUGAGUUGAGAUCAGAAAUCAGAGCCUUCAUGGAGAAGGAUGGGGUGGUUGUUCCUGUACUAAAUGAUUCCAAAUGACUUAUGGACUUGGCUUUUCUUGGUUACAUUACACAGGAGCUGAAUGCACUUAACAUGACUUACAAGGCCAGGGCAGCUUGUUAGUGUUGCCUAUGAUAAUGUUAGGGCAUUCUGCACAAAAAGUGUGCUAUGGUUUCUGAGAGAAACCUCUGCAAUUUUCCAACAUGCAAAGUGGUCAUGGACUCGGGCAGACUAUUCAGUAGUAAGUAUACUGAUGCCAUUGAAAAGCUACAGGAAGAAUUUGAUCAAAGGUUUACAGACUUCAAAACACACAGAGCCACUUUUCAAAUUUUUGCUGGCCCUUUCUCCUUCAAUGUGGAAGAUGCCCCCCCCCCCAACCUUUUUGCUCUUCAAAUGGAGCUGAUUGAAAUUCAGUGCAAUUCUGGACUCAUGCUAAGUUCAGGGAGGUGAAUAGAAAAACAGACACGCUUGGACAAUUUAUGAGAGCAUUGCACUCCACCCUCCCUGAGAUAUCAAGGUUGUUCAAGCGGAUCAUGUGCCUUUUUUGGGGAGUACUUAUAUAUGUGAAAAGCUCUUCUCACUAUGAACUUUAGCAAGUCAAAGUUCAGGGCGAAACUUACUGAUGAAGAUCUUCAAGCUAUAACAUGAUUCAGCUGUUAAAAUGUCCAAAGUUUUACUAUUAAAAGUAGUGUUACAAUUAAGCAUUAGAUAUUGCUGUCUAUAUUUAAACACUCUGCUGACUAAUGAUCAAAUUUAAGAUUUAAAUUUCAUGUCAGAUCUAUCGGUUCUGUUUUGUCAUCGCCCACACAGCUCUGUGGAGGCAAACUUUGAUGUUAUUGUUGACUUCGGUGCCAUGGGCGCCCUGACCAGGGGGGAGCUCCAGAGUUACGCUGAUUUGAUGAAGCGGUUAACGGCCCCUGAUUGUAGACACAUUUUAGAAUCUUUUGUUUAUGACGUCAACAAAUAUCCAGGUGAGCAAUGUGUGAAUAUCUAGGUGAGCAAUGUGUGAAUGUUUAGGUGAGAAAUGUGUAAAUAUCCAGGUAAAAAUGUCAGUUAAUCGCCUUUCCAUUAGUUACCUUUUCUUUUGUCCCUCAUCCUUCAGUGUAAGUGUAUCCCAGUGGUGCAGAUUGUUCGUGCACGACAAGUUAAUGGUUUUGAAAAUAUUUCUUUAACACAAGAAGCUUGUAUCUAUAACACAAGAAGCUUGUAUCUAUAACACAAGAAGCUUGUAUCUUUAACACAAGAAGCUUGUAUCUAUAACACAAGAAGCUUGUAUCUUUAACACAAGAAGCUUGUAUCUAUAACACAAGAAGCUUGUAUCUAUAACACAAGAAGCUUGUAUCUAUAACACAAGAAGCUUGUAUCUAUAACACAAGAAGCUUGUAUCUUUAACACAAGAAGCUUGUAUCUAUAACACAAGAAGCUUGUAUCUAUAACACAAGAAGCUUGUAUCUUUAACACAAGAAGCUUGUAUCUUUAACACAAGAAGCUUGUAUCUAUAACACAAGAAGCUUGUAUCUAUAACACAAGAAGCUUGUAUCUUUAACACAAGAAGCUUGUAUCUAUAACACAAGAAGCUUGUAUCUUUAACACAAGAAGCUUGUAUCUAUAACACAAGAAGCUUGUAUCUUUAACACAAGAAGCUUGUAUCUAUAACACAAGAAGCUUGUAUCUUUAACACAAGAAGCUUGUAUCUAUAACACAAGAAGCUUGUAUCUUUAACACAAGAAGCUUGUAUCUAUAACACAAGAAGCUUGUAUCUUUAACACAAGAAGCUUGUAUCUAUAACACAAGAAGCUUGUAUCUUUAACACAAGAAGCUUGUAUCUAUAACACAAGAAGCUUGUAUCUUUAACACAAGAAGCUUGUAUCUAUAACACAAGAAGCUUGUAUCUUUAACACAAGAAGCUUGUAUCUAUAACACAAGAAGCUUGUAUCUAUAACACAAGAAGCUUGUAUCUAUAACACAAGAAGCUUGUAUCUAUAACACAAGAAGCUUGUAUCUUUAACACAAGAAGCUUGUAUCUUUAACACAAGAAGCUUGUAUCUAUAACACAAGAAGCUUGUAUCUAUAACACUAAACACUUGAAUACGUUACACUAUUAACUAGUGUUGAUAGUUAUCAUAAAGUGCAAGAGUUUCAUGGAGACCACAUACUCACUGGUUGAGUUAUUGUUGAUGGAGACCACAUAAUGGUAGAGUUGUUUCUCUAUAUAUAUUCAAACUUAACGCUCAUGCUCAAGAUAAUAUCAUUUCUAUGAAAAGGCUGACAGAGUGUUCAUUUUUAUUUAAGUCUUUUCAGCGUAAUAGAUGCCUCUAUGUAUCAUCUCUUAUGUCUACAUAGUAUAUGUCCUUAUAUCUCAUGUCACUUUAUCUCAUGUCUACAGAAUCACAGCCCAUCUGUUUAACACUGGAACUUCUCCGACAAUUGUUUGGUAAACAAGAUUUUCAUUAUCAUUUCUCACAGAAUAUAAUGAGCUGGACACUGUUCAUCAUUUAGAGCAGUGUUACCCAAAUUAUUAAGUUUGGCGGACCAGUCAAUAAGUUUCCCUUUACACAAGGGACCGGUUGACAAGUUUCCCUUUACACCAGGGAUCGGUUGAUAAGUUUCCCUUUACCCAGGGAUCGGUUGAUAAGUUUCCCUUUACACCAGGGAUCGGUUGAUAAGUUUCCCUUUACACAAGGGACCGGUUGACAAGUUUCCCUUUACACCAGGGAUCGGUUGAUAAGUUUCCCUUUACACCAGGGAUCGGUUGAUAAGUUUCCCUUUACACCAGGGAUCGGUUGAUAAGUUUUCCUUUACACAAUUUUUUUAUAAUUGUUCUUUAUAGUUUAUCCUAAGUUUUUCAUAAAUAUUUUUUAAAAAUCUGUAAUCCCCCAUUUCGAUAUGACUGGAUCAAUUAUUACCAUAUAAUGACUGGAUCAAUUAUUACCAUAUAAUGACUGAAUCAAUUAUUACCAUAUAAUGACUCGAUCAAUUAUUACCAUAUAAUGACUCGAUCAAUUAUUACCAUAUAAUGACUGGAUUGAUUAUUACCAUAUAAUGACUGGAUCAAUUAUUACCAUAUAAUGACUGGAUCAAUUAUUACCAUAUAAUGACUGGAUCAAUUAUUACCAUAUAAUGACUGGAUCAAUUAUUACCAUAUAAUGACUCGAUCAAUUAUUACCAUAUAAUGACUGGAUCAAGUAUUACCAUAUAAUGACUGGAUCAAUUAUUACCAUAUAAUGACUGGAUCAAUUAUUACCAUAUAAUGACUUGAUCAAUUAUUACCAUAUAAUGACUCGAUCAAUUAUUACCAUUUAAUGACUGGAUCAAUUAUUACCAUAUAAUGACUGGAUCAAUUAUUACCAUAUAAUGACUGGAUCAAUUAUUACCAUAUAAUGACUGGAUCAAUUAUUACCAUAUAAUGACUGGAUCAAUUAUUACCAUAUAAUGACUCGAUCAAUUAUUACCAUAUAAUGACUGGAUCAAGUAUUACCAUAUAAUGACUGGAUCAAUUAUUACCAUAUAAUGACUGGAUCAAUUAUUACCAUAUAAUGACUUGAUCAAUUAUUACCAUAUAAUGACUCGAUCAAUUAUUACCAUUUAAUGACUGGAUCAAUUAUUACCAUAUAAUGACUGGAUCAAUUAUUACCAUAUAAUGACUGGAUCAAUUAUUACCAUAUAAUGACUGGAUCAAUUAUUACCAUAUAAUGACUGGAUCAAUUAUUACCAUAUAAUGACUCGAUCAAUUAUUACCAUAUAAUGACUCGAUCAAUUAUUACCAUAUAAUGACUCGAUCAAUCAUUACCAUAUAAUGACAGCCCUUAAUAUAUAUAUAUUGGGUUUUUUUCUUUAUUGGUUGUCUUCACAUGAGGAAAAUUAUUUUAUUUUCAAAUGAAGUAUUGAAUAUUAAUUUUAUUUUAUUCAUAUAAAAAUCCCAACUUUAAAAAUUGUAUUAAAAUGUAGUUAAUCUCGUAACAGAAUUGGUUAAUCUCGUAACAGAAUUGGUUAAUCUCCUACAAGGAAUUUAUGCAAAACACUGUGUGUCUCAUUUCUAGAUUUUAAAAAAAAACUAUUACUGGAAUAACAGGAAAUUUUGUUUGAUAAUUUGAUCUCCAGCUACUUCUGUUGUCUGGGACAGACUUUUUGUAUACAUCGCAUCUCCAUAUUUAAAUAAUUCUAUUAACUUUUCAUUUUUUAAUUACAAUUUAUGAAAACAAUAAAAAAUAAUUUGAGCACACUGAAACCAUGUGCAGAAAGACUCGUCAUACAGGAAGUUAUUAAAAGCGAUAUCAUCCCUACAUCUCUUCAUUACAAUGAAUUUAUUUGAAUUUCUUCACUAUUGGAUUAUUUCCAACUUAAUCAUUUAAUACAGAAGUAUUACAUCACUUUGUGGCAGUAACCAACAAAUUAUUUGAUUAACAAAAUUGUUCUGCCAUUCUAGGGCAUGACUAUAUAGUGGAAAAGAUUGAUGAGGGACCAGAUCCAUAUGCUGACGAUAUGCUACAUGAACUGACCAACGGUCAGAAGUAUGAAGAAGUGUCCAGCAGUGGCGAGGUUUACCCCGAGAUCACAGGAACUGCUUAUUUCUUAAUUAGGCCUAAACUGGACAUUUUGUCCUUAUAAGUUUGUUGGACAUUUUGUCCUUUUAAACUUAUUGGAGUCACCAAAGCUGCCUUCUUGCAAACUAUAUAAUUAAUUUAUUUUAAAAGUAAUUUUGCAGCAAACUCACACAAUCUUUUGUACUAUUAAAAUGAUAACAUCUGUUAAAAAAUAUAGCGAUCUGUUUUUAUAUGUUUAAUACAUACUAUAAAGAAUAAAAUUCCAUUGAUAACAUAAUUUACAAUUUAUCAAAUGUGUCAACUACAUAUAACAUACGUAGAGCAGUUCAACACUAAACAAAUUGCACAACUAAUAUGUAAAUAAAUCUUCAUAAAUACAAUAUUUACACUGCAUAGUUGAUUAUCAAAAUAAAUUUGACACAAUAUUUAUAAACAAACAAAAUUGGUAAGAUAAAUGACAGCAGUACAACAGGUUUAGAGUAGAGCAGUACAGCAUGCUUAGAGUACAGAAGUACCACAUGUUUAGAGUACAGUAGUACAACAUGUUUAGGGUACAGCAGUACAACAUGUUUAGGGCACAGCAGUACAACAUGUUUAGAGUACAGCAGUACAACAAGUUUAGAGUACACUCAAUAUCACAGUGCAAAUCAUCAGUGCACAUUUGCCAGUUAGGAUUAUCAGUCUUACAAGAAACAUUUCUUUUAACAAUAAAAAGAGUUUUCACAAUCAAACAGAAAUCAUAUAAAACUCUUAAAAUCCACAAAGAAAUGGAAAUGCUCCAAGAAAAACUAUUCAAAAGAUAAUUCUCAUGGAAAACAGAUAAGUUUUUUUUUAUACAUUAAAAAAUUGUGUUGAGUAAUUUAAUAAUAUUUGUGACUAGAGGUAAAUCAGUUGAGAUAUUGUUAUAGAGGAAACAGUAGCAAUGCCCUAGCAGUAGCAAUAUCCUGGCAGUAGCAAUGCCCUGGCAGUAGCAAUGUCCUAUCAGUAGCAAUGUCCUAUCAGCAGCAAAGUCCUGAUAGUAGCAAUGCCCUAGCAUUAGCAAUGCCCUAGCAUUAGCAAUGCCCCAGCAGUAGCAAUGCCCUAGCAGUAGCAAUGCCCCAGCCAUAGAAAUCCCCCAGCUGUAGCAAUGCCCCAGCAGUAGCAAUGCCCCAGCAGUAGCAAUGCCCCAGCAGUAGCAAUGCCCCAGCCGUAGCAAUGCCCCAGCAUUAGCAAUGCCCCAGCAGUAGCAAUGCCCUAGCAGUAGCAAUGCCCUAGCAGUAGCAAUGCCCUAGCAGUAGCAAUGCCCUAGCAGUAGCAAUGCCCUAGCAGUAGCAAUGCCCUAGCAGUAGCAAUGCCCCAGCAGUAGCAAUGCCCCAGCAGUAGCAAUGCCCCAGCAGUAGCAAUGCCCCAGCAGUAGCAAUGCCCCAGCAGUAGCAAUGCCCCAGCAGUAGCAAUGCCGUUUAAUGUUGUUGUUGUUUUGUUUAAGUUGUUCAGGUAGCAAUGACAAAUAAAGUUUUAAUAUAAUUUUUUUCAACUAAAACUGUUUGGCAGCCACUUUAAAACCGAUUUGUUCAUCUAUGUUUAAAACUGUUUGGCAGCCACUUUAAGAACAGAAAGGAGAAAUGUCAUAUCCCCACACAAAUCACCACCUUGAAACAGAAUAUGUUUCAUUCAUUUUACGUCUUAAUCACAAAGCGUCCAAGACUUUCAGACCGAGCUUUAACUCCUUUAACUCCUUGCGCAUUAAAUACAAAUCAAGUUGAAGUGUGGACCAACACUGUUGUUUGAUACCUGCAACUAAAAGGGAAAUAUGUUUAAGUUUUGGCUGACAGUAAGAUGCAUUGCUGUAGGUUAGCUUGUCACCAGAGUUGAUCUUUUCUUCACCUUGUCACCAAAGUUGAUCUUUUCUUUAAACUUGUCACCAAAGUUGAUCUUUUCUCUCAACUUGACAGCAGUGCAUGUAAUGUUGUUGCUGAUGAGGCUGCAGAUACAACUGGACUCACAACUAUUGUUGCAUAUUCAUUCAUAGCCUGAAAACAUACAAAUACAUUUUAACAGGUAAAAAAACAAACUAAAUGCUGCAGAUGGUGACAUCACUGAUGUUGCUGUCAUCUGGGGUGGCCUUGCCACUGAGUGACGUUACUAGCUGCAUCCUUAUCACAUUUGUAAUACGAAGUAUUUAUUUUUAAAUCACAAAUUACACAUGAGAUAGGUUUAUAAAUUAUUACAUAAAAUGACAGAGCAAAUGUCUUACGCGUUUAAAGAUGUAUUUGAUAUAUUAUUAUGUAAUUAUAAAAUGUAUGCCUAUAGUAAGCAAAAUUUUUUUUACUUCACCAGGUAAAUUUGCUGAAGAGUUUAAACCAGUGGUUCUCAGCCCUUUUUCAUCUGCUGACCGGAUAACUUAUGUAAAAUUUGUGGACCACUAUUUCCUGUGUGGGUGGGGGAAGGAGAUGGGGGUAAAAUCUAGUCCAUCGAAUGUCUGGAACUUAUGAGAAAACAAUGCUCAAGUCAGGCAAGGAAAAAGAAUCAGAAAAUCUGCUUUAGGAUGAAGGGCAUCAGGUUUUCAUUUCAAAUAACUCAUUGUGCACUGGCUGCUGUCUGUGAGAACCACUCAUUUAAACAAAAAUGGUGAAAACUAUUUCACUUCUUCUAACAUUAUCCCAUUGUCCUAAUCCUAGACAACCAGAGCUUGUACGUCCUGAUUGAGCUUAGUUCACUUCUUCUAACAUUAUCCCAUUGUCCUAAUCCAUAGACAACCAGAGCUUGUACGUCCUGAUUGAGCUUAGUUCACUUCUUAGACUCUAGAACCUUCAACAUACUCUCUAAACCAGACCUGCAUAAGAUAAGGCCGUAUGCAGCCCGCCAGCAUCCACUUUGUGGCCCUUGCAGUAAUGAAAUAUUCUUAUUUUCAUAAUAGUUUUCCCCACUGUCCUAUUUUUUUUUUUGGCCAGAACUGUUUAUUAUAAAGUAUUGCGGCCCACAAUACAUUUUGAGUUAUGCAGGCCUGCUCUAAACUAAACACCAUCCAGUUAUAUUAAUUAACCUACUUACGUUAUAAAGAAGGGAAUAUUGUUCUUUGUUCUGAAUGACACCAGCUCUUUCCUGCCGCAUUAAGUACACAGUUUUGAGGACAUCAACAAUUCUGCGUUCUUCAAACUGCCUCAUGCAAAGGUCAAGGGCAAUAAAAGUGCCUGUUCUUCCAGUUCCAGGACUGAGAAAAUGAGUAGGAAAAAAAAUAAUUUUAUUCAGUAAAAAGUAUUUAAAUUACAAAAAUUAUAUCAAUGUAACACAGUUGUCAGAGGAACACAGGUGUCAAUGUUACAUGUUGUGAUGCUAGAUGACUAGCUGUCCAACCAUAAAGUUUUGUAUCAACACACUAAUAUAAUUAUCAUUUAGCAUCAAUACACAAAGAUUAUAAAAAUAUAAGAAUCUGAUCUCUAAUUUUUUUUAAGAAGUCAUUCCAAGCCUAUUUUUUUAAAUGUCAAUGCUUGAUACAUUAUCUAAUUUUUAAAAACAUCCUUAUACAAUUCUUAGAAAGAAUACGAAUAAUAUUUUUAGUGUACACUUGAAGUAGUUUCCUCAAGCCUACCUGCAACGUACAUGUACUGUCAUGCUUACCUGCAGUGUACAAUUAAAGGUGAUCCACUGCCUUCAUACUUGGGUCUUGUAUCCAAAACUAAUUUAACCAAUGAGAUUGGCUCUGGCAGACCAUGAGCAGGCCAACAGGUAUACCAAAAAUGAUAGACUUCUCUUUUUUCAAUUUUCUGAAGGUAAUGAGAUUUGCUAAUUUGCUUUCAUUUUAAAAAUUACUUAUACUUUUAUAAUCUAAUAAAAUAUGAUUUAUAUUUGAAAAAAAGUAGAUUAUUUAUAUAAGAAAAAACUAGAUCUAUUUAUAGCAGGAGCUGAAUGUUUGUCAUCAUUACAUCAGUGAAUAUAU